AAACGCCGACCUUCGCACACCGCACCAUGGCACACGCAGGCAUCAAGACGGUCAUACUUCUCUCCUUCGUGUUGGCCGUGGGGUUCCUGCUUAUCAUCCUCUCUUGCGCACUCUGGGCGAACUGGCUGCCUCUUCUUGUUGCCCUGACAUUUGUACUCGCACCCCUUCCCAAUGCACUGUCUGCGAGCUGCGGAGGCGACGAAUUCUCCGCCGACUACGACGGUCCAGGACGAAGUGACAUUGGCCGCUUUAUAACCGCGACAAUUGUAGUCACUGGCUUUGCAUUCCCUCUUGUGUUGGCGCAUUCAGAGGUAAUUCGACCAGGAGCAUGCGUCAUGUCGAUCGCGGGCGGAGCUCUGGUCUACGGAACCAUCCUCGCAUACAGUGCUACAUUCAAGCAGGAAGACUCUGAAUUUGACUAAAUAACUUAUGUUGCUACCAACUAGUUGGAAUGCUGUACAUUACUGGGGCAUUCCAAUGAGAUCUCGUGUACUCUAUGGUGCACGGCCUUACUGCGCAUAUCUUUA